AUGCACGAGAGCUACAAGCGAUGGGCUCCUCAAGUGGCUUGUAGUUUGGAAGAAGCCUGGCAGCCUCCCAGGGCACCACAACUGGGCAGACCGACGGACAUCACACCCAGGUCGCUGGAGGCUGUCGCACUGGCCGCGGCUGCAGACACCACAGCCCGGAUUCGGGCUGCAAGUACUUGCUCCACCCGAACUCCAAGUGGUGUGGGACGACGGUCCGUCUCGGCUGUCGAUGAUGUCUCGCCUGAGAAGACCAUUCGGUAUGGCACUCCCUUCGUUGCUGCCAUGCCAUUGACACCUUUGUGGCCCAUUCUGCCCUGCAUGAAGCCGGCCAGGAGUGACUCUGCAUCGCCCUCGCGGAGCCAGGGCCUUCGUCAAGAGCGCGAUGAGGCAGAAACACUGCGCAGGCAUAAGGAGGAUUUGCAGCUCGAGCUGGCAGAUUUGAGAAAGCGGCUCGGUCAGAUGCAAGACCUCUGCAGCGAGCUUCAAGAAGACAACGCUCACCUGAAAAAGGCAUUGGCUGAACGCGAACAAGGCGAGGCCUCUUUGAGAACUGUCCUUCAAGAGGAAAGGCAAAGAAGCGAGGAGCUUGGCAGGACCAGCCAGCAGGUCCGACAGGAAAUGGAGCAACUCAGAAUCAAGUUUGGCGCUGAUUUCCAUCAUGUGGAAGACCUUUGCAAGAAGCUCGAGAUGGACAAGCAGCAUUUGCGAAAAGCGCUGCGACAGCGAGAGCAAGGUGAGAUCUCGCUCCGUUCUUCAAUUGAAGAGGAGCAGCAUGCUCGGCGAGAUCUUGUGAAGGAAAGGGAAAGCUUGAAGCUCGAGCUCCGCAAAAUGCAGCAGCUCCAGCAAAAGGCCGUCGAGGCUGCGAGCCUCAUCAGUUCCAGACGGUCAUCUUCAACAUCUUCAGCUAUUUCAGGCUCUGGGAUGAUCGAAGUAGAUUUGACGGGCGAGCUUUCUGAGCAGGUGCUACAGCUCAGUGACCUCCUGACUAGAGCCGUGAUAUUUAUACCAUUAUUUCUGUACUUCCUCAUGAGCGCUCACAGGGCCAGCGUCGUGCCCAAUGUGACAGACGGCAUUGUCAAGGCAUUAUCGAGCAAGCCACUGGUGACGCUGGGCAAUCUUGCAUUUCCUAUCUUUGUGGUUCACGGACCACUUGGGCAGGUCUUUUACAAGAAGGUAAUCGCAACCAAGCUCUUUGGUGGCACAAUGAUGGCAUUGGUUGGUCCACAGUUCUUCUAUGCUUAUUUGGCCAUUGUUCUUAUGUCUGCCUGGGUUCUGCAAAAGACUUUCCUCUCCAACAAGCAGGUCGGAACGCUGUCAAAAGACUCUGUGGAAAAGAUCUCCCAGUGGUUCAAGUGA